AUGCUAAGAAGAUGUGGACGCCACCCACAUUUCCUGGAUGCUUCUUCCUCCAGAUUCAUCCGACACCCCUUUGAGCUCCCGCUAAAAAUUAUGCUGGAAUUAAUUUCCUACGGAAAAACUUAUUCGGAAUCAGUGAAGCGACCGGACAUUAAUUAUAUUGAGAGGAUGCCAAAUGAAUUAUUGGUAAAGAUUUUCCAAUACUGUGGUGAUGCCGAUCUUGCAAAUCUGCGUUUACAGUGUGUUCGAUUCGACCAGCUGAUAACAACUUGCGGUAUUCUUUUGGGACAAUGCUAUCAGCAACGCCUGGUGACCUGCCUGACGAUAACUUACGAUACAAGUAAAGAUAUGUUCGUAUUGGCAACAUUCAAAAAAAGUCAUUCCAAUAAGAAAAAUUCGAUAGGUAUUGCACGAGCUGAUGUAUUGCGUGGCUGCUGCUACAGUCUCAGGUAUUGUUUUCGGCGCUUCCGUAUUUUGGGCCUACAGUUUUCAAAUCUUCCACUUUGUUCACAUACACUACGGUAUUUCUGUGAUUUAUUUACAUGCUGCUUAGCACUCGAACCAAAAACGCUUCGUCUCUGCGACUGCUAUGUGGCAGAUCUGCAGCACGACGCACUGAUGCGACUAAUGAAUUUGUGCUCCAAAUAUCUCAUUGUGCUUUCUUUUAUUGUGUACGAUCACAAGUCGCUGUCAGGGCAACAUAAGUGCCAGUAUCAAUUUUUUUGGGCAACUUUGCCUAAUAAGCUAAAAAGCCAAAAUUAUGAGUUCCUUUUUACUCUGUCCUGA